AUCAAUCACCUCGCUAUUCGGUCACUAUCAUGUCCCAGGAAGGCAAUAAAAGCACACAAGUGGUGCCCGCUUGGCUCACCCGCGAUUAUGUGGAGCAAAAGCUGCGAUCCUACUACAAGAAUGACACCCUCCGCCUGGGGAAACUGAACCUCAAGCUGUCACUCGGCAACGCGGAGAACUACUCCAGCGUGAUAACGCGCAUCUAUGUGGAGUACACCACGGAUAAAUCAGAGGACAAGCAAUCCACCAGAUUCCUGGUGAAAGAGAGUUUCGCCGACGCAGGUCCUGCGGCGCAGGUUCUCCUGAGCUACGGAGUAUACGACAGGGAACUGGAGAUGUAUGAGCGCAUCCUGCCCCAGAUGGCGGGUGUGGUGCGGAAUGAGCUGGCAGACUCCCGGAAACUCUUUGCACGCACUGUUUACGUGGAUCGGCAACGGGACUCGAUCAUCUUCGAGGAUAUGUCGCUGGAGAAUUACAGGGUGGCCGAUCGUCUUAAGAAACUGGAUCUGGAGCACACGCAUCUGGUGCUCGAAAAGCUGGCCAAUUUCCAUGCAGCCGGAGCAGCCUUGGCUGAGCGACAGCCGGGAAUCUUUGCGAAGAAUUUCGAUCGUGGAUUCUUUAAUCAGCAUACCCGCGGCUACGAGCCCGUCAUGAAGAAUCUGCUGAUGGCUCUGUCCCGUUCCCUGCAGCUGGAGCCGGAACUGUGUCAGCGUUACCAGGCGAAGAUCGAUCGACUGGUGGACAACGUAAUGGAGUACGGAGAACGAUCGACCUCCAUUGUUCCCGGGGACUUUGUGACCCUGGCUCACGGGGAUCUCUGGACCACCAACAUUAUGUUCCAAUAUGACGACGGAGAACAUCCAAUCAAUGCCAUUUUUAUCGACUUUCAGUUCAGUGCUUGGAACUCCCCGGCCAUCGAUCUGCAGUACUUCUUCUCAACUGCCUUGCAGACCGAUAUUCGACUGAAGAAGCAGCCAGAACUGGUCCAGUUUUACUAUUACAAACUGAAGGAUGCCUUGAAGAAGGUCAAGUAUUCCGGAAGUGUGCCGAGCUUAUUCGUCUUCCAUCAGCAGUUCAGGAACAGAGCCUUCUAUGCUGCCUUCGCAUCCCUCAUCUUUGAGCCAACGAUGACGUACACGGGCAAGGAAGAGGCGUCCAUGGAGCAGAUAAUAUCUCUUUCGGAGAAGGGAAUGCGCUUCAAGGACGACGCAUUUCAGGCGGAGGAAAUCAGGAAGAAGAUGCGUCUCACUUUGCCUUUACUAGAUCAUUUGGGGUUACUAGACGCGAUGUAAAGUCAAAACUAUAGCUUUAAUAUAGGUUUAUUAGUCUUAAAUAAGUUUACAUGCAAAAUAAAUAUAUGACAAGUGUUACAU